AUGGUUCUCGUUACAGGAGCCGUUGUUGGGACCGUCGCGACUUGCCCUCCUCUUGUUUCCCUUUUUGGCCAGGCCGGCGCUACCGCUGCAGGUACUGCUGUAAUUCCAACUGUCGCAGUGUCAGAGGGUAUCGGCAUUGGAGGCUCUGUUUUGGCAGUGGGCGAAGGCGCCGUCGUCGGGGCGGGAGUCAUCGGCAGCGGUGGUAGCAGUGCCGCUGGCAUCGCCCUUUCCACAUUUGUCGGACCCAUUGGCUGGGCUGUUGUAGGAUGUAACAAGAACGGCGAUCAUAACGGCGACAAGUUGUACACUUGGGAUUGCUGGAAGCCUGUGGUCAGGGAUGUAUCAACGCAACCAUCUCACGGGAUGACUCUUCACCGCCUGGCUACCCAUCCGAACGUUCGAUCUAUGUCGUACGACCAGGGCGGCCUUUUGGUGGGAAACGUUUUCGGCGAACACUUCCGCCUCACUCCCAUCAGCAUUAAGGGGACACUGGCUUUUCAUGCGUCGGUUUCCUCACCCUGA